AUGCGUUUCGAUAUUCUGUCUUGUCUGUUCGUUGCUUCUGCAAGCGCCUCGGUGCUCUCGAGCGGAAGAUAUCGACUAAAGCCCUAUACGCUUAACCUGGAGAGCCAAGUCCCUCGAAUGCUUCAACUGAUCAGUAACACUCAUCUACCUGAUGCUCCUGAAUACCCUGGCCUCUCCUCUGACGCUGGAAUCUCACUGAGUACUCUGAAGUCACUGCGUACACAGUGGCUGACUCAAUUUGAUUGGAAAAAGGAGCAAGCUAGCAUCAACAAAUACCCACAGUUUACGGCCGAGAUUGAAGGCCUUACGGUGCAUUUCGUACACAAGAAAUCCACCGCGCGGAACGCUAUUCCCCUGAUCUUGGUCCACGGGUGGCCUGGAUCGUUUCUGGAGUUUCUCCCGUUGAUUGACAAUCUCACCAAGGAGGGGAAGACUUCAAAUGGGAAAUCCAUCUCCUUUGAUGUUAUCAUUCCCAAUCUUCCUGGCUUUGGGGUGUCUUCGGCUCCUCCAGGCAACUGGACAAACGAAGACACGGCGAGGGUUUUCAACACCCUCAUGACGGAUGUUCUUGGCUAUAAGAAAUAUGCUACUCAUGGAACAGAUUGGGGCUGUGCGAUUGCGUACGGCCUUUAUGAUUCAUACAAUAGUACCGUCCGCGCAGCUCAUCUAGCCUCACUGCCCUUUGUUCCGCUUAGCCCAGACCAACUUGCUGCCGAAGGCAUUGCACUAAAUGCACUUGAGACGUUUGAAGAGCAAUCAUUUGUGGAGUGGUCUACCAACGGCUAUGCCUAUUUUCAACAAGAGACAACCAAGCCAAAUACCAUAGGUCUCGCUCUAUAUGAUAACCCUGUCGGUCAAUUGGCAUACAUGGGUGAAAAGUUUCUCAUCUGGUCUGAUCCUCGAGCCGGCACUGGCCCUUCGGUCUUGACACACAAUGAAAUCUUAAGAUCCGUCUCCCUUUAUUACCUCACUAAAUCGUUCAACUCGGCCGGAUUCAUCUACUACCAGAAUCGAUUCGCCACCGACUACACGAAAGCCAAGACGGAUGCGCCACUACUGUUCAGCUCCUUCAAGUAUAACAUACUCUUCUGGCCACAAGCAUUGGUGAAACAGACUGGCAAUCUUGUCGUCUAUAAGAAUCAUGAUUUUGGUGGACAUUUCCCUGCUUUGGACAAUCCUCCUGCGUUGAUAUCUGACCUCCGAGAAAUCGGAUGCUAUUGGAAAUAG